AUGCGUGUAAUGUACUCCCACAUGUCGGCGGCAUCCUAUACGCUGAAACCCCUCCCCAACUUUGGAGCAGAGGUGCGGUAUGCAUGUAGGCACCGCCUGCUGAUUUUCCGCGACCAAGGCAUCAUCAGCGGACCCCGGCAGGCGGAGAUUGGGGGCUGGUUUGGCGAUUUGGAGAGCACCUUCCGGAAGCAUCCGAGGUCGCCGCACCCGGAUGUCUUCCGCGUCUCCAAUGACCCCGCCGAGGGCUGCAUCGGCGUCGGCCGUGAGGGGUGGCACAUCGACGGCUCCUUCCAGCCUGCCCCCUUUUCUCACAGCCUGUACCACAUCAUCGACGUGCCGUCACGGGGCGCCACUCGCUUCGUGGCCCUGACCGAGCUGCUGUCCAGCCUUCCUGUCGACCAGCUGGCACACUGGCGUCGCUUGUCCAUGCGCAGCGACCGCCGCGAUCAGGCCCUGAAGCCGCUGGUGUAUGUGCACCCCGGCACCGGCCACCCCACCAUGUGCUUCCACACGGGCAUGACGGCAGCAUACGUGGAGGAUGCAGGGAGCGAGCGGGAGCGGACCCUGCCCGCCCAGCCCCUGAACCGCGAGAUAGAGGCCGCCAUCGAGGCACAGCCCGUGUACGACCACUGCUGGCGGGCGGGGGACUUCCUCAUCGCGGACAACCUGGCGUUGGGGCACGAGGCCUCGCCCGACACCCAGUGCCCCGUCAGCGAGGUGGGGCUUCGGGUCAUGCACCGCUCCACGGUGAAGGGGACGCAUGCGCCCACAUGA